AUGCCUUCCAGAUCUCACAGUUCCUCUCAAACACUUUCUCUUCUGUCUUUGGCGACCCGAGCGCAACUUGGAGUCCCAGGAUAUGCUCCCGGUCAGGAGUAUAUCCUCAUGGACGCUCGAAGUGCCAUUCCUAAGCCAGAGAGCAUUUCGCUCGUCGAGGCUGCCACUUUGGGUGUGGGCAUGAAACCGCAUGUCUGGGGAUAUUUGAAGUCCUGUGGCUACGAUGUUUCUGCAUCAUGCUCAACCACUUCGGCAACUUUGGUCAGGGAUCUUAGAGCAGUGCUGUUUGACUACAAGACCUCGCUCGAACAGCAGGUCAAGGAAGUCCUGAAGAUCACCGCUGGCAAAGCAAUCAGGGUCUUUGACGCCGUCGCCGCAGAUGAUCGGUUGCUGGCUGAAGAAUUAUUCAGGGCGGCGAAAGAGACUGAGAAGCUCUUCGUUACGACGAAUGACUGGAGUGGCAUUGGUGACUUUGAAGCGCUCGGCCCGCUUGGCAGACCUGAGGCGGAAGAGUUGAACAAGAACAUUGAGAGAUUCAUACCUGUGAUUGGUGAAUUGGUGGCCACUGGUAAAUUGCAACCUGCGGAUAUGAAGUCAUUGGGGAAGGCGGAUUCGAAGAUGCCAUCAAGGGUCUCAGAGUCUCAGAUAGCAGCAGUCUGGUGCUGCAGGGAGUCGGAAUGUCGUCGUCAAGAUUCAGGACCCAUAGCUGACAUCGAUCUUGACAGGCCGCCCUGUCGCUUUCCAGACACGUAUAAGCCUGUGAGUUGCUCCAGGGCCGAUAACGUUGGCCAAUGA